AUGGACAAACCUCUCUUCACUGAAAUAUUCCGACUGGCUAGAAUGGACGACUGCUUGCCGGCUCAGAGGCUGGCUCAUGAGGUGGACGGUUUUGGUAACGAGUACUGCUGGAAGGAGGUCGCACGAUAUGUCCUCUACGAGGAAACAUUCGACGAUUUUCUCAAUGAAUUCACGCCACCGCAGAUUUCAGUCAUCAACUACAAGUGUUUCUCCCUUUUGGAGCAGAGUAUUCAAAAACGUAAGCUUCUUUGCUGA